CGCAUGCACAUGUACUCGUUAAGAAAACUGAUGUUUUAUUCUGCUUUCGUUUUCUGGGAGAAAUAUUAAUAGUAGAUCUCUUUUUCAUAUAAAAAAAACCUUGUUUCUUGUUACAUGUUUUUCCUUUUUCUUUUCUUUCAUAUUCUUCUUCUACAUAAACAUGAAGACAAGCUGCACUCUACCUCCAAUUUCAGACAUCUUGAGUCCUCAAAUCCAACAUCAAAACAACUUAAAGUACUAUCCUUACUCUCGUGAUUCACCACAAAAACAUCAAAGAAAACCAUCUAUACUUCAGGUGUCGAAUUUGGUAACCCCAUCGUUUGAAAAAAAUGAAGAAGAGCAAGUCAAAGCCAAACGAAAAAGAGCUUCUCCAUCACAACUCACAGUUCUCAAUUGCAUAUUUGAACAGACGUUUUUUCCAUCAACAGAACUGAGAAUAGAACUGGGGAAACAACUCGGAAUGAGUCCACGAACAGUGCAGAUUUGGUUUCAGAAUAAGCGUCAGUCCAUUCGAACAAAAGAAAGGGUCAUGAAUCAAAAGCAUCACGCAAUCGCUUCACCUCCCACCUCUCCAUCUGUUCAGCAUGAGAUACCCAGUAUAACACGACAGCAACAGCAUAAGCAAAAACCAGUUCAUAUUUUACUUCCACCAUUGAGGCUACCUCAACCACCUACGUUCCCGCUGACACCUUCAUCGUCUGUUCAAUCCAGCCCGACUUACUUUGAUCAAUCUAUUCUGUUUCGUGACCAUUAACAGCUUUUUUAUUCAAGUAUAUAUGCAUACAUAUUAUGCUUUGUGCUUUGUGCAUGUGUUCAUUUCUAAAAAAUAUAUAUAUAUAUACAUUAAGAUGUGUAUGCAUACCCUUAUUGUUCUUAAUCUAUGUUUCUUAUUCUUACUCUAAUAUAUACCUUCCUUUUCUCUGCCUCUAUCUCUAAUUUUGAAUAUACAUAAUAUGCUACAACAAUAGCAAUAAAAAAGGAUUUAUAUGCUCCAUAUAUUACGAUAGAC